AUGGACCCAGAACAGCUCAAAGUGAAGAUACAAACGAACCUCAUCCAGUCAGGCGAGUACGAUAGACUCUCGUCGCAGCUGAAGCUGAAACUGGCCGAGUCUGGAUGGCUUGAUGACGUGAGAAGAAUGGCUAGUGAAGAGGUAUCUUCGAGUAACACGACGAAUUUCACAAAAUUGAACCAGACAUUAGAGCCAAAGGCACUGUCAAUGGUACCUGAAAGCGUCAGAGAACAAACACUCCAGCAGAUAAAAGAGUUCAUAGAGAAGAUCGUGGAAACUGAACAAUGA